AUGGCACAAACACAGGAACUGUUCAAGUUCAUUAAUGAGAAGGUGUUGGUGCGCCAGUACGAUACGUCCAAAGCACGUCCACUUGCACAGCCGAUGCUUGGGUGGAUGGACAACGUCGAAAAGAUCGUGAGAAAAACAGCUGGGGGGUAUCAACCGAAAUAUUUGAUACUUGCGCUGCCACAGUUAGGUCACAGAGCCGCAGGGAGACCCAAGUUAGAUGUGGAGAAUACGCAUAUCAUCAAGGUUGAACCCAAAAUUCCUGACAACCAACUGCACGAAUAUUUUAGAGGACUCGAUAGCCGACCUAUGUAUCUGGAAGUGUGGCUGGUAUCAGAGGAAGAGGAGGAGGAUAUCCACGAGUUCUUGACUGCUCAGGGUGUGUACUUUGGUGAUGAAGAGAAGCAGAAGAGCCGGUUUUCUUUCCGGCGCAAACCGAACUCCAAGGACAGCGCCAAAGGCCAGGGCAUGCACCGCUUGCGCUGUGGUAGUUUCUCCUACAGCGCAGGAUCAGCCUCAGUCAGCAACAACGCAAGCGAUGACAACUUCUCAGACACCCCAGGCAACAACAGCAACAGCGAUCACGCCGACAGCUUAAAAGGCAUGGAACAGGUCAAGGAGGGGGAAGGGGACACACUGUCUAACAACAGCCCUGACGGAAAGCGUUCAACGUUUAUCAACCGCGCUACCUCGUUCUGCGUGCGAGGGACCAGCAUGCGCAGCACAGGCAGCAAUCUCUCUAUGCGCCGCAAAGAAAAGACCAAGCCAUCCUCCGCCAGCGAGACCAGCAGUCCUGUUCACUAG